UACACCAAGUUUCUAUUUUAGAGCAAGUCUUGAAUGCGUCAUUAGCUCGGAAAACUUGCGGCACCAUGUUGCUUUGUGAGCCUAAUUUGAUCAUCGCGUGGCCUAAAAACACCACCAGUUAGUUUAUACAUCAGAACAAAGACUUUUUAUUCUCGGUGUUGAAAAUAGAACAGGGAAAUUUAUUACUUCUCUGAGAAGAAAAUGGAAAUUGUCUUCAAUAUUCAAGGACAACGAGUCAUUGCUGACCACCUGAAGCUGUUCAAAUCGGCUUUACUCGGACAAGAUUUCACAGCUGAGGAUCUGGUUAAAGUAGUCACAAACACAGCUGUAUGCACUGUGUUUGACCUGGAAACCGCUUACACUUUCGAAAGUGAAACUAGUCUCGCCACGAGUUUAGAUUUAUUGAAGUUUAUUUGCGAGGAUGAAAAAUGCGACCGAAGUUCCAAAUUGCAGCCUCAGGUUUGGUCAUUAUUCAAAGCGGCGAUUCAGAAAAGUACCCGGAAUUUAUGUAUCUGUUCCGAGUUUGGACUUGCAAAAUAUCUCCUCGAAAAAUUGGUAUCUUCCGAUUCAAAUGAUGCUCUUGUUGAUUUAUUCACUGAAAUACUGUGCAUUAUAGUUCCACAAUCGAUUUCAAACAAUGAGUUGAAAAUUAUCAUCAACCAUUUGCAAAAUGCCAGUAAAGGGACUAACAUUACCUGGCCCAAUAACUCAGCAAACUUGAUGACAGUAUUGCGCCAAGCGCCAUUUCAAAUUGGACCUACAGAGUUUUUUGACUUCCCAGGAUUUGACCGAAGUUACAUUGCAAUACCCCCUAUAGCUAAAUGGCCUUGCACCAAUGGCUAUACGUUCACGACUUGGAUUCGCUCGGAUCCGAUCAGUGAUAUACGAGAGGAUAAAGACAAACCGUACGUGUACUGUUUUCGGACGUCCAAAGGCCAAGGAUACUCUGCACAUUUCGUAGGCGCUUGUUUGAUUGUAACUGUGAUCAAGAGCAAAAACAAAGGAUACCAGUAUUCUGUUAAUUUUGAAUUCAAACCAAGAGUCUGGUAUAUGUUGACGUUGGUUCACAUUUAUAGUCGCUGGCGAAAUGGCGAGAUCAAAUGCUACGUUGACGGUCAAUUAGUGACGACUGUUGAAGUGAACUGGUAUGUGAAAGCUGGCUAUGACGCAUACGAUAAAUGCUUCAUUGGGUGGGCGCCGUGCAACGAGGGGGACGAUAAAAUUCGUCGAUACUUUUGCGGUCAAAUUGGAACGACGUAUCUUCUCUCAUCAGCGAUGGCGCAAUCACAGGUCGAGGCGUUGCAUCAACUCGGACCUUGUUACACUGGACUUUUUAACCAGCAAUCAGAUACUGAUGUUUGUCUCUCGGAGUUCUACAACAAUGCGAUUUUCUCUCAAGGAUCACUUUCGUCCGAAAUAGUGUUCUCGUACAGCGCUAGAGCCUCGCAAUGUCAGGUCUGCUUUUUCUCAGCAGCCUCUGCCGCGAAAGGAAAGGAAACAAACGGUUACUUCUCUCAUUCACCUCACGCACAACUCCAAGGAGAUGUGAAAGCGGUCACAACCCAACCGGUUUUCCACUCGCUGCAUUCAAUUGGAGGAAUCCAAAUUCUGUUUCCUCUUUUGACGCAACUCGGAUUGGAUCUGGACCCUUCUGCUCCUGCGAACUUCAACCCUGCAGAAGUGCUCCUGGAACUGGUUUCGAAUUUACUCAUGCGAUCGUCACAAAUAAGACAGCAAAUGGUGCAAUUGAAAGGAUUGAUGGUAAUUGGACACUAUUUUGUGAAGUAUUCGAACAAGAUUAUGAGCGAAGGUCUGCUCGAAAAUGUGAUCUCAUUGUCCAACUAUUUCAUACAUAUAAGGUCAGAAGCAUUGUUGAAACAUACGAUUGACUUUCUGCUUCUCAAUGCUAAUCUCUGGAUCUAUGCGCCCGUCCAAAUCCAAAUCACAUUGUUCACUUACUUGUCCACUGACUUUGCCCUCAAUUGCCCGCUGUUUAAACUAAGCAGAAUAAGACGUGUAAGUACCGUAUUGCAGCUACUGCACAUGCUGAAGUUUUACUACUGGGUUACAAACCCUCAAGCCAAAUCGGGAGUCGCCCCGAAAGGAGCAGAUGGUCCAAGGCCCGAGCAGACGGAUAUUCUGACAAUCAGGUCAUUCAUUCUUCUGUUUCUAAAAGGAGUUAUAACAGUUGAUGGGAACUUUGUGGAUGAAGAACACAUGCAAAGUUUGCUGAACUAUUUAACAACACUACACGAAGAAGAAAAUAUCCACGAUGUUCUGUCGCUUCUGCUGUCGAUAACAGCAAAUUCGCCAAAACUGACUUCGCAAGCGUUGGAUCGAAAAUACGCUGUGAGAGCAAUCUUCAAAAUAUUAACAUCGCCGAGUGAAAGGAUCAGAAUUAAAGCGGCCAAAGUGCUGAUUUACUACAUGGCUAACAUCCCCUACAAGCGGAAAAUGGAUAUAAUGGUAUCUUAUGGCCUGUAUGAACUGAUUGGCCAAAGGAUGAUGCUUCAUUGUGACGAAAUAACUUUGCCAACUUACAAUGUGAUGUAUGAGUUUUGCACUGAACAAACAGGACCCCAGAUCAUGGAGAACAAACAUGCUGAAAUUGAUUCGACAACUCCGUUGAUAAAUGCACUUGGGCUGAAAAGUAUUGCAACUAUGAUAAACACGAGCAGGAAAACACUGAAUGUUUUCGAGAUCAAGAAAAAGUUCAUUGCUGAUAUGAUAUUGCUGUUCAAUCACAACCGCGAAAAUCGCAGACGAUUGCUUCAAUGUUCGGUUUGGCAAGAUUGGGUUUUCUCUUUGUUGCACAUUUACCCGGCAAAUGAACGUGAGAAACAAAUCACUGAAAUGGUUCUAGUUCUGUUCAAAAUUCUUCUACAUCAUGCUGUCAAGUUUGAAUACGGAGGCUGGCGUGUAUGGAUUGAUACACUGAGCAUUGCUCACUUUAAAGUAUCAAUUGAAAAUUAUCGAAGAUCGGUGCUGGCAUCUGGACAUCAUCAUAGAAAGCACAGACGAGAAUCGUGGAGAAAUGAUACUGACAAGAGAAGUGGUGGUGGAACUUCCGCUGUCCAAAACGGCUCGCACUCUCAGGCAUGCAACAAAAGAAAAGAUCUGGAAGCUGCUGAAAAUUUGGACGUUCAAGCAAGUCCUGGGACCUUACCUGGGGACGUAGCAGCUGUACAAUCUCAAGUAUAUGUUGAUCAUAUUUUGACCAAAUCCGGAGAAAAGGAGCCCAGUUCCGGAGGUUCUGGAAAUUCAAAUGACUCAUUGAAGGUGUUAGGACUACCGCAAAGUUCGAUCAAUAGCUUUGUCGCGAAAAACACUGACGAAAAUACAACAGAAAAAGUAGAUUCAAAUGAACUUCCAGAUGAGAACGCUGCUGUUCAGAUUAGGAAAACUGAAAUUAAAGACGAUAUUAAACCUGAGGAAACCACGAUUACCACAGACACCGAAUCCUAUCCAAAAGAGGUUCGGUUUUCGCCAAAAGAUGCACAAUCACCCAGAGCCUCCAAUGAGCUGGGAGUCAAAGAAGAUGCAGGAGCCAUUCCAAAAUCAAUUCUGAAAAGCAAGCCAUCGCCAAAUCAUAACGAGACGAUUUCAGAAGGAAAAAGAAGGACAGGCAAACUGUUCCGAAUUCCUCCAUUCCAGUGGUCACAUCUUGUAAAACGUCUUCUGUCAGAUUUGAUCUUUGCAAUAGAGACGGACGUUCAGAUUUGGAGAAGUCAAAGCAAUAAAACUCUUGUCGACUUCCUAAAUGCUGCUGAUAAUACGACAUUCCUGCAUAAUACUGUUCAUGUGAUAUCUCAGAUAUCUGACAUGAUUCUGUAUUCAAGUGGAGGUUUGGUACCUCUGCUUCAUUCGGCCACGUCGCAGAGCCAAGAUAACAUAGCAGCAAGUGCGGGACUCCUCUUUGACGAGAGUUUCUCCUUCGUUCACAGACUGUUAAAUCUCGUAGACAUUUUUGUCUACUCGGCGUCUCCUCGGUUUUCAAGUCUGGAAACAGAGAAACGUAUGAAUCCGGGAGGCAUUCUGCGGCAGUGCUUAAGAUUGGUAUUCUGGGCCGCUCUUAAGAACUGUCUCGAAUGUAGAUACAAAUUCGCCAAACAACUCGUGGCGUUUGAGAAAGACAUUCCAGGUGAGGAUGCAGCCGGCGAUUUUCUGAGCGGAUCAAUUCAGUUGCAAGCUAUCAACGAUUUGUCAAGACUACUUCAGGAUAUAGACAUUAGCAGAAUCCGGGCUGCGAUUUACAGAGAAACGGACGAUAUAAAACAAAGCCAAACAGUCGCUCUAUCAUGUGUAUACUUUCUGACGCUUCUGAUGGUCGGAAGGUACCAGGAUAUUUUGGAACCCAGCAAGGUUACGGUUUCGCCUUUUACAAAAGAAGUCAUGGAUUCGAACCUCGGAUCUCCAAGUCUAAGAAGCCCCGGUGGUCCCAAUACACCAAUGUCGUGUGGCCCGGAGGAAACUAAUGAAAAUGAUUCACCGAGAUCAAAUGAGGACAAAUUCGAAGAUGUGGAUCUAGGAACUCCAGUUGCCGAUGCAGACGAUUCAGAUCUUUCAAAAGGAUCGAAAGAUUCUAAAAGACGUCAAAGUUUAAAUGCGGAUUCUAAAAAGGCUACCUUGACUAGAACAGCUACCUGGUCUGGCUCUGAAGAACCAGAAUCAGGUGACCGAUUGGUGACGGCGAACGAAACAGAAACUGAGGAUUUGGGACUUGGAAUUGGAGCUAGUCUGGAUCUGACGUCAACAUCCUCAACUGGACAUUCGAGAAUAGAAGCUGACAGUUUUGAUAAACUAAAUUUUGCAGUAGGACUGAACUUCAAUAAAGUGACGAUGGGAAACAAUAUUUCAAAAUAUUUGGAAAAUUCACUCAAUGGAAGUAGCCAAGUCUUGAGGGACCUGUUCCUAGACUUUUCACAGUAUUUAUCCAAAACUUUGAUCGGUUCACAUGGCCAAGAGUUGCUUAACGAAGGGCUAAUAGUCAUGAAAAAUAGUCAAUCCGCUGUUGAGUUAGUCAUGAUGCUUUGCUCUCAGGAGUGGCAGAAAGCAAUUCAGAAACAUGCAGGUGGAGCAUUUUUGAACUUAGAAAACGAAGGAAGAAUUAUUUCGUCAUUGACUGCAGACCAUUUGAUUCGAGUUGCCGAUGAGGCAAAUGAGAUCCUGAACCGAGAGUAUCAAGAUCAAAUGGCGCGUCAGUCUGAGUUCGAGGCUCGAUGUGCUACUCAUUUGGCCGACAGACGAGAGGAAGAAACGAUGUGUGAUCGACUUAUUGUUGCCUCUAGACGUCGGGACACUAUAUCUUCCGUCAAGUGUGUCCAGAAAAUACUUUCGAGUGCAUUUAGUCAAGCACUAUGGGAUAAGAAGUCAAAUGAAACGGAAGCAUUUUAUAAAAUUGACGCAUGGGAAGAUAAUCUGCGGAGACGAAGAAGAAUGAUUUUGAAUCCGAAUGGAACAAGUCACCCGGAAGCGACACUGAAAGCCGAAGAUGAAAGCCGAAAGGACACAGAUGCUGAUAAAGUGGAAGAAUCGAAAAGUGCCCUGGAAGACUUAAAAGUGGAACCGAUGGCGGAGAACCAAGAUAAAGUUUUAAAAGAGGAAGAAGAAAAUGAUAGUCUAGAAGAUAACGAUAAUGAUGCUGAAAAUCAAUCUCAUUUGAUCAAUAUUCCCUCGACUACGAAUCCAGUGAAGUUCCAAAGCCAUGAAUGCCUACUCAUUCACCCUUGCAUAACAGCACCCGGUAUGCUUUCGAUCACGACUAACGAAAUCAUUUUUGACAUAGAUGAAGAAAAUCCACAAUACAAGAAAAUUGACCCAUCGUUGAUAGCAUAUUGUGAUUUAACCCACAUUAAGAUCCCAUUCACUGAAAUUAGAGCCAUUUUCUCACGGAGAUACUUAUUGCAAAAUACAGCUCUGGAGAUAUUUGUCGCAACGCGGUCGGCAAUUAUGUUCAAUUUGCCCGAUAUAGCGGCUGUGAAACAGGCUGUUACCCUUUUGCCACGUGUUGGCAUCGGCACUAAAUUUGGGGCCCAGCAAACUAGAAGAUACUCUAUGGCUUCAGGCAAAGCAUUGCUCAAGUUAACCAACAUGAUGGAAAAAUGGCAAAAGCGGGAAAUUUCAAAUUUCCAAUAUCUGAUGUUUCUUAACACAAUUGGAGGUCGCACGUUUAACGACUUAAAUCAGUACCCUGUGUUCCCUUGGGUUAUAAAAGACUACGAUUCCGACGAGCUUGAUUUAAAAUCGCCGGCAACUUUCAGGGAUUUGACCAAACCUAUAGGAGCUCAAGAUAAUCGACGAGCAGAAGCGUUUCGAGCCAAGUAUGAAAAAUGGGAAUCGGAUACAGUCCCUCCGUUUCACUACGGAACACACUAUUCAACCCCUGGUUUUGUUCUAAACUGGAUGGUGCGAUGCGAGCCGUUCACUUCGAUGUUUCUGAACUUCCAAGGCGGUAAAUUUGAUCAUGCCGACCGAACAUUCCACUGCGUGAAACAAGCGUGGUCAAACUGUCAACGAGAUACUUCAGACGUGAAAGAACUUAUCCCAGAAUUGUUUUACAUGCCUGAAAUAUUACGCAAUAGAAAUAAACUGAAAUUCGGCAAGCUAGAAAAUGGAGAAGUCGUCAAUGACGUCAUUUUGCCCGCCUGGUCUAGCUCGCCCGAAGAUUUCAUUCGAAAGCACCGAAUGGCGCUAGAAUCCGAGUUCGUAUCCUGCCAGCUGAACCAUUGGGUAGAUCUGAUAUUUGGCUACAAACAGCGCGGUCUUGAAGCUGAAAAAGCAGUUAAUGUUUUCUACCAUUUGACCUAUGAAGGGUCGGUAAAUUUUGAUGCAAUCCGAGAUCCAGUAUUGUUGGAAGCUUUGCAGUCACAGAUUAGGAGCUUUGGAACAACCCCAGUGCAAUUGUUGACCGAACCUCAUCCUCAAAGAAGUUCGAUAUUAGUUCUGAAUCCUCAGUUGUUUAAGCAACUUAACGAAGCGUCUGAAGGGCACACAGUGAAGUUCCUGUCCAAUUCGCCAAUAGUUCACGUUGCCGCAAAUACUCAUCAAAGUUUAAAUUCACCCGCUUGUAUUGCAUUAGCGGAAAACAUGUCUUACUCUAUAAACAAAUGGGAAAACCCGAACUCUGUGGGAAUUCUUGCGAAGCACAUGGUUCAAAAUCAGAACCUCGAAAACGAAAACCACACUAAUUUAAAGCCUCUGCACGUAGAUUCGAUGCAAGUCAAUUCAACCCAAGCAAGUUAUACUGGGCGAAAGUUGUGCUCAGAUUUACUCGAUACAAAUUUCACGGUGCAGAAGAACAGUUUUGUAGUGACUUCUGACAAUGUUUACGUUCUAGUUUGUGGCUUUUGGGAUCGUAGUUUGCGGGUUUUCAAUCUGGAGUCGGGAAAACUAGUCCAGGUUGUUUUUGGACAUUAUGGAAUAGUAACUUGUGUUGCCAGGACUGAGAAUCGAACCGGUGGUAACUGCCAUGUAGUUUCGGGAUCUGCAGACAACACACUACUAGUUUGGGAAUGGAACUCGAGGUUCCAGUGUAUAAUGGGUGAGAAAACAAUACCCGGGGAGUACCCAAUGGCCAAAGCAAUCUUGAUGGGUCACGAGAGCUCAGUCAAAUGUGUUUCUACUUCAUCUGAAUUGGGAAUAGUAGUAUCAACUUCAGACAUAUCACAUGUUUUAGUGCAUUUAGUCAACGGGGAGUUCGUGAGGCGAAUUAAGUUACCAGAAAUAGAUAAUCAACCUAACUGUUCUGCCAUUUCGAACAUUCUCCUGAACCCAGCUACUGGAUACAUUUUUGUAGUAUCGAAUAAGAAAUCGUCACUUUCUGUGUUUACAACUGAUGGUGUGCUUUUGGCUAGUGAAAACGAAUUCAAAAACGCAAGAAUCAAUGACGUUUCGGCUUCUUUAGACGGCGCCUUUAUUAUAGUAGCCCGAGACUCGAACUGUCUCCAAGUUUACAGAUCACAUGAUCUAGAAUUUUUGUACGAUUUCUCACCUCAAAGCCAAGAUGGAGUUUUAAAUCUGAACAUCAAGUCAGUCGAGCUCAGUUGGGAUAACAAAUUUGUUUUGGCGGGAGUAAGCAAUGGGGCUCUCUGGGUACUUCCGGUGAAUUUUACGCGUUGGUACCCUGAAUAUCAUGAGCAGUUAAACUAUAGUAGCCCUGCGUCGUUGACACCGACCCACAAAGUUGAUCCCGUCAUUCCCAAAGCAGCUUCGGAGAAGAAAAAUUAGGUCAUCGGAAAUUGAUGCUAGCCAAAUAGGUUUUUUUUUUUCAAAAUUGUUCAAUGAAAAACGCAAUUAUAUUUGACAUAAUAGUAAAUGCUCCAUUUUCUGAUUCAUUCUAAUAUUUGCAUGCUUUUUGUGUUAUCUAUAAAUGUCAAAAAUGCUCUGUUUUGUAGAAAUUAGGUUUUGUUGUAAAUUUAAAAGUAUAUAUCCCCUCCAAAAGUUAUAUAAUUAAGCUGCUAGCUUCAUUUAAAUAUUUAUAAAUGGUAUUUGAAUUGAUUAUUAAAAGUUUUGAAUGCUUUAGUGCGAAAGUUUUUGCAAGUUUCACUUCGUGCUUAAUUGUGAUGUAUGAAUAUUUUGCGAACUAUGUUGAAAAUUUCUUCUAAAAUCUUUCUUUUCUAAUAAGAUAAUACUGCUUGCUUCUGUGGAAGAAUCAUGAAGUAUGAUAAAUACUGUUAAACCUUAAAAAUUUAUAGUCUAUCUAUAAACAUGUUAUUCUGGUGUCACUUUCGAAUAAAAUGACGGAGUGUUUAGGAUAGCUUUUUAGUGUGCGUUUUAUCGGGUUAAUUUUGGUGAUA